CGCAGUCGACGGAUUAGGCGCGAUUGUCAACGGCGAUUAGUGAACCAUGGGAUGGCCAUGUGAAACAGUGGGCGCGGCACUGGGUGUGCGACAGGCGCUCCGGUGCCGCUCUUUCAGGGCGCAUGCAUCGACCCUUCUCCUCCUCUCUUCGCCGCACAGCCGCGCGAGCGCUCCACGGCCAUUCAGUCCUUCGUUUUCCAGUCCGCCAGUCCGCCACCCGGCCAGCCCGCCACGCACCUUGUUCUUUCCUAUCCAUCUAUAAGCGGAUAGGAACGGGAGAGAAAGAAGUUAGUGGUCCUGCCUCCGCGCGUCGACCUCCCCUCCGGCCAUCGCUAUUGCAACAGCCAUAGCUAGCGCGCUACCGGCAAUCGCCAUGGCGUCGACGUCUUACGCGGCUACUGCGGCCUUGGCCCCCACCGUUGCCCCACAGGGCACGGCGGCUUCAGUCUCAUCGUCAGCGGAGACUGCUGUCAAGAGCUCGGCUUUCUUCGGAAGCCGCUCGUUGGGCAGUUCCAAGGCGGUGUCUGGCUUUUCCCUGAGUCUGCCGAAGAGCCAGCUGCAGAGCUCGCGACUUGUGUGCGAGGCGGAGAAGAAGAAGCCCGACAGGUGGAAGGGUCUGGUAGAGGACAUCUCCGAUGAUCAGCAGGACAUUGUACGUGGCAAGGGCAACGUCGAUGCUCUCUUCCAGGGUUCAUGGGGAAUGGGAACGCAAACGGCCAUCAUGCAGUCCUAUGACUACGUCAGCCAAGGACUCAGAGACCUGGCCAAGUCCAACAUCCACAAGGGGUACUACAUCUCUCCGUCUUUUAUGGACAAGGUGGUAGUGCACAUUGCAAAGAACUUCAUGACACUUCCCAACAUCAAGGUGCCCCUUAUUUUGGGUAUUUGGGGAGGCAAGGGACAGGGCAAGUCCUUCCAGUGCGAGCUUGUCUUCUCGCUCCUGGGAAUUAACCCUAUCCAGAUGAGCGCGGGAGAGUUGGAGAGCGGGAAUGCUGGGGAGCCGGCGAAGCUGCUCCGACAGAGGUACCGCGAAGCUGCGGACAUCAUCAAGAAAGGCAAGAUGUGCUGUCUGUUCAUCAACGAUCUGGACGCCGGUGCUGGCCGUAUGGGGGGGACCACUCAAUACACCGUCAACAACCAGAUGGUUAACGCGACGCUCAUGAAUAUUGCCGACAGCCCGACCAACGUGCAGCUCCCAGGGAUGUACAAUCAGGAUGAGAUCCCUCGCGUGCCUAUCAUUGUCACGGGUAACGAUUUCUCCACCCUCUAUGCGCCGUUGAUCAGAGACGGGCGUAUGGAGAAGUUCUACUGGGCGCCCACCAGAGAGGAUAGAAUCGGAGUGUGCUUGGGCAUCUUCAAGGAAGACAACGUCAAUCUCCAGGACGUAGAGACCCUCGUUGACACCUUCCCCGGACAAUCCAUUGUGAGCGAACUGCCGAGGCACUUGCAACAUCUGCUUGAUACGUCCGACGAGGAGGUGGAUGACACACAGUCGCGGACCGUGCCGCUGGGAAGUGAGUCCACCCAGGAGUGGGCGGCUACAGAGCUAUGCGGGAGCCGCGACGGUGCGUAUCGGCAAUCGUACACCGAACUCCUCCAGCAGGGGUUGGGCGGAGACGAAGGCGAUGGUGGCGUGAAUCCGUCAUUCGGGCUCUGUAGUGGGAGGUCGUCGGCCAGGUCGCGAAUGGUCAUCGUGUGUCCCCACCCCAACGACGACGGUGAGCAAGUGACGGCUGUUGUGCGAUCAUCGAAGUCUCCAAUGCCGGUUUGGGAGGCAUCGGGGAACAACAGGGAUCCUCCCAGGCAGCAAUUUCGGUCGCCAUCUGUGUCGAGGGUUGCCUCCGCUCGCCCCCAGUGGAUGCAGUUUCCGUUUCCCCUGUCCGUCGGUUCGACUGCGGCCCAUCGUCGUGGCGAAUGCGGGGAGAAGGAUGCUGGCUUCGCUGAUAUUGGUGACGAACGUGACGGGAGGGAGGUGUGGGCUGAACACCGGCUAGAGCUCCGGCCGGGGCACGAGGAAUCCAUAACUCGGGGGGUGCAGCGACUGCGUGUGGGGGAGCACGAAAAGGAAAAGGAGGCACCGAUUCUGGAUGCGGACGAUCACGACGACGAUGGCAACGAUGGAGAGGGUGGGGAGAAAGACGAAGGCUACGUUUCGCCGUUGAGGCAAGACGGCAUGGGAGGCAGGGGCGGGGAGACAAAGGCAUCUGCCAGCAAUGGUCGUCGGGGCAAAAAAGCGGCGGGGAAGGGGAGAGAUGCCGACGGGGAUGGUGACGCGGAAGGAGGUCGACACUUCUGGUCCGUCGACCACAUUGUAGCCCUCAUCAGGGCUAAACGUGACCAGGAUGCACACAUGCAGGGAAUGGGUCAUGCCUACGCUUGGAUGAAGCCGCGAGAAUGGAAGUGGUUAGAUGUGGUGCAAAGGUUGAAGAAGUUGGGCGUCGACAAAGACGCAGAUAAGUGUGAGAAGAAGUGGGACAAUUUAAUGCAACAAUUCAAAAAGGUGCAUCACUUCAAUGGCUUGCCCGGGAAACACAACUUCUUCCAAUUGUCGGCGAAGGAGAGGACAUCCAAGGGCUUCAACUUCAACAUGGAUCGUGCGGUUUGCGACGAGAUAGUGGGGUACACGGGCAAGAACCACACUAUACACCCGAAGAACGUCGCCGACAGUGGUUGUCCUCGAGUCUACAACACGACGUCGCCAUCGCUGCCACCGUCGUCAUCAUACCUUUCCGUCUGCAGCACCUCCAUCGUCAUCUUCGUCACCAUCAUCGCCAUCGUCAACGCAAUCGCGGCCGUCAUCUUCGUCGCCAUCAUUGCCAUCGUCAGCGCGAUCUUGGUCACCAUCUUCGCCACGCGCUUCUCUUCUGCAUCGCCAUCGUCGCCCUCAUCGUUGUCGUCGUCUUUUUCGCCAGUGUCUUCAGCGUCGCCAUCGUGUUCACCGUGGACUGCGCCAUCGUUGCUGCUAACAUUGUCGUUAUCGCCAUCAUCACCGUCGUCGUUGUCGUCAUCAUCGUCGUCGUCGUCGCUCUGGACUGCGCCGCGUGCUUUUCGGCUUCGUGACUGGACAUCAUUGCUUGGCAUAGCAGCUUGCCAGGGGCAUUCUAUAUCAUUUUGCAGAUUAGUCAAGCUGGCUUCUCAACAUGAGACAACCCCUACAUGGGGUAAGCUGGUUGAGAAGUUCUACUAUCGACACAUUGGGUAUCAGAGCUUUGUCAUUCGGGCCAACGAGUCUCCCACAUCGAGGUACACAUUGGUGAUCACUUAUCACGUGAGAGAUGCUAGGCAGGGAGUGAAGGGAACCACCUACGACCGGAUUGCUGACUAUAUUUUCCGCAGGGAGAGUUACUGGAGGGAACACUGGUUACAUGUGGUGUUUCCCCAGAUCCCCUUUGCACCAGGUGGUGCCCUCUAUGACUUUAACGGUCGUAAUCCUAAACCUCUGAGCAGAGGUGGCAGCAAGGAGAAGAGGCGUCAAGACAGGAGGAUCAGGGCAGUGGAUGUCAGCAGAGAGGGGGAGGAUGAUGAAGCGUUGGUGAACAGUGUGCGGCGGCGGGACACCCCUAUGGUCUUUCACACAACGUUGAACAUGGACAUGAAUUUGUCAGUGUGGUUCAUCGGCGCCGACAUCGAGGAUAGACACGAGAACAACGAAAUGGCAUCGUAUCAAGAGGCAAGCAUCCAGCGACUGGUGGCGGCUUUAACGAGCGUCGUGAGCAUGGCGGAGGGGAUCGACGGCGAGCGGGUGUCGUACGACAGGUUAAAGAACAUUGCGAACGCGAUGAGGAUUCUGCUCUCGGCAAGCAUGUGGCUCAUGCGGAUGAGCGGGGACGAUCUGCGCGCGCAUUAUGACAUGUGGCUUUUCAUCCAACUCACAGAGAAGUCGAUGUUAGUCGCAUCCAUGCAUGAGUCGUUUGACGUGCGUCGCGAUAUCCUCCAAGCCGCAACUGUUGUGACGAACAAGUUGGCCAAACCCCCGAUGACUUUGGUCGACCCCCUGUUGUACAUCCCCGACUCGACAUCUUGCGACAUCACGUUUUCACAUGACGCCAGCUUGCCUUCCCCCAUGGACGCCAACAAGCUGGAUUGGUUGGGUACAGGCCCCCCAGAUGAGGAAGAAGAGGACAAGGCCGGUGACGAAGCCGGCGGGAAGGGUUGACGAAGCGUCCAUGGCGCCCGUCUUUGACUUAACCGUCU